AUGGAUUCUCCCAGCUUCAGCGCAGCACCCUCGCCAGUAUCCCGCAACUUGCUACCGCAAUCACCAGGUCUACAGUCACCCGCGCUGCGGUCACCCAACUCUCCCGGCGCAUCGGCCGAGUUUCUGAUCCCCCCGGUGCGGACCUCGCAUCGGCCGCGGGAAGAACUCGACUCGCCGCAAUCUCCAGACCUGUCUGCUUUCUCGUCGAGGCGGACGAGUUGGAGCUCCGACGUGGGGAGCCGGAGCAGCAGGGCCUUCUCAUACAACCCGUUCGAAGAUUCUAGAGCGCCGUCGAGGGCGGAUAGCAGUGACGAUAACGAUGUCAACACGCAAACGGUCUCCGAGAAGUACAAUAUUAUGCCAACAGAAGGGCUACUGUUGUUUCCGGAGGACGUUGAGAAGGAUGACUACUUGCACAAUCCCGAUCCUAAUGACAAAGACCGGGACUGUGAUAUCUGCAACACCAGAGGUUUAGUCAACCUGGGUGGUCUUAUCAUCUUCGCAGCAGGCCUGCUGUGUCUUUUCAUUGUAUACCCUAUAUUGUAUGGAUCCCCAUUUGACUCGCCCGCUGUUUCGCCAUGUGCUGGUGAUCCAUUGUGCUUGGACGUGGGCGAAGUUCCGCUGUUGAAGAACAUUCGGACCGGCCUGAUCGACCCCGAUACACCUGACUCGGCCAAGUCGAUCACGGCAGCCAAUGGGAAGACUUGGGAGCUGGUGUUCUCCGACGAAUUCAAUACGGAUGGCCGAACUUUUUACGAUGGUGAUGACCCCUACUUUCAAGGAGUCGAUAUUUGGUAUGGUGUCACGAUGGAUCUCGAGUGGUACGAUCCCGACGCUAUCACGACAAAAGACGGCGUUUUGGAGAUUCGAUUCGACGCGUUUCAGAAUCAUGAUCUGAACUACCGAUCUGGCAUGCUUCAGAGCUGGAACAAGCUAUGUUUCAAAGGUGGACGACUGGAGGCCAGUAUCUCCCUCCCGGGUCGCGGCGAUACCGUGGGUUUCUGGCCCGGCUUCUGGGCGAUGGGCAAUCUAGGUCGUCCGGGUUAUGCUGCUACGACAGAUGGCAUGUGGCCGUACAGUUACGAGGAUAUCUGUGAUGCUGGUAUCACAGCCAACCAGAGUUCCACCGACGGAAUCAGCUAUCUUCCCGGCAUGCGUCUUCCUGCUUGUACUUGUCCGAACGCCGAUCACCCCUCCCCCGGACACUCGCGUUCCGCACCGGAAAUCGAUGUUAUCGAGGCGUCCGUCGGGGCCUUGGAUGACAAGGGCAACAUGGUUGGUGACGUAUCUCAGAGUUUGCAGAUCGCCCCUUACGACAUUUGGUACAUGCCAGACUAUGAUUUCGUGGCUCUCUACAACCCACAAAUUACUGAGAUCAACUCGUACCGAGGAGGUCCUUAUCAACAAGCCAUGUCUGCUCUGACCAAGCUGAACAAUAAAUGGUACGACGGGAACGAGUACCAGGUUUAUGCAUUCGAGUAUACCCCCGGCGCAGACGGCGACCUGACCUGGUUCGUUGGCCAGGACAAGACCUGGACCGUUGAUGCUCGAAGCAUUGGCCCGAACGGAAAUGUCGGACAACGUGUGAUUCCUACCGAGCCCCUGUCGAUUGUGAUGAACUUUGGUAUGUCCAAUAGUUUCUCGAGCAUCAACAUGACAGCCAUUGGAAAGCUCCUCCCUGCAACGAUGCGCGUCGACUACAUUCGCAUCUACCAGGAUCCCGAUGAAAACUUGAUGACGUGUGAUCCUCCUGGCUACGAGACCACAGAAUACAUCAAGAAUCAUCCGGAGGCGUACAGCAAUCCUAACUUGACACAUUGGGAACAAACGCCGUAUGAAUGGCCUAAGAACACUCUUGUGCACGGAUGUUAA